UCUGAUUCACCCCCAAAUCGCCAAACCCCAGGAUCUCCGUCCCAAACACCGCUCCAACACCCACCAUCUCGUAGAGGAGGAAUCACCCGCUAGUCGUGCCGUCGAGGAGAAGCCGCCGCCUGCGAUACCUCCGAUGCUCGCGUCAUUAAGGACGCCGCCACCUGUGCCUCCAAAAGAUGGCGUCGGUGCUUGUGCCGUUGGGACAACGCCAGAUCUGGCUGGUCUCGUCCCCAACAUCCAACAUCUCUUCCUCACCAAAUUCUCUUACAAGACCUCCCGGUCGAUGCAGCAUGUCACCGAUGUCGCCGCCGCCUUUAGCAUCUCCAAGAUCUGGGUGGACUCAGUGUCGUGUUUGCCCGGGACCGCCAGAUCUGGCGCUCUCUCCCAGCGAUUUCUCCCUCUCUUCUCCAUUGUUGGCCAGGCCAAGAUCCGUUCCUCCAUGCUAGUAGUGCCAGGCCUGUUAACCCCGCCCCGAGUGCUCCUCCUCCCCAGAAUGCUACGUCAACAAGCUGGAAUAAGAAACAAACACAUCCAUCCCAAUUCUCCAUCACGCACGCAGCAGGCGCCGCCUUCUCGUCUGACUACCAGACAUGUGCAGAUGAACCGCAAGAGCUUUCAUAAGGAGGAGGUCCGGAUGUCAUGUGUUAUGCACGCCGGAGAUCAGCGGCGGAUCGGUUCUGUUCUGUGUCGUCAGAUCUCAAGCAAAGAACAAGAUUCUGGAUGCCGCUCAUUGUGGUUACUUUAUAGAAGAACAGAGCAAUGACUGCACAACUGGGAUACAUAAAGCAUAUUCCAGGGCGUCCCCAAAGAAAAUGGUUCCUUCAGUUCAAAGAAAUUUAUCGGCCUGGCCUGGGAAGAUAAUGGAGACUGCUACACAUGUUCCUUCGUUCCUCCGGAGCAGUAAAGAAGAUAUGGCAGCUGGGGCUUUAAUUGUAUCACCUACACUUAGUAUACACACAUGAAUAUAGUUACAAGUCAAAUCACAUAUUGUGCUCAUUUCACAAUGUAAUGUAGGACCAGUUAACUGUUAGUCAUUGUAACAUGUUUGACUGAGAUGAAGCUUCAUUGCACCUUUCAUUCUCUUUAUGUGCUCAUUUUAGUAAUAGUUACUAGGUUCUAGGAAUGGAGUUGUAACAAUGAUGAAGCUUCAUUGUAACUGGAUUUGUAGUGGAGUUGAAGGCCGAACUAUUUUAUGUGGUGCAUGUUUGUAAAGUUUCUGCAAUGAUGCUUAUUGCUUAAA